CAGUCGGGGGAAAAAAGCAGCGGCACAGACAAAAUCAGCCAUACUUUUCCAAAGGAUAAACUGUUCCAUUUCACUUUUUUUCUGUUGCACAACCUGUACAUCCUGUUUAUCCUGUUCUCAAAAUGCCACGCAUUGAGAAUGACAUCAAGCUGGACUUUAAGGAUGUGCUCCUCCGUCCAAAGCGCAGCACACUCAAGUCAAGGAGUGAGGUAGACCUGUUGAGGAGCUACACUUUCAGGAACUCCAAGGGCAGCUACAGAGGGAUCCCCAUCAUCGCUGCAAACAUGGACACAGUCGGGACCUUUGAGAUGGCCCUGGCUUUGCACAAAUUCACUCUCUUCACCGCAAUUCACAAACAUUACUCCGUGGAUGACUGGUCGGAGUUUGCAAAAAAGAAUCCUGAAUGCCUGGAGAAUGUAGCCGUCAGCACAGGGACCGGGGAAGGGGACUUUGACAAGAUUUCAGCCAUCUUGGCGGCGGUGCCAAAGCUGCAGUAUAUCUGCGUCGACGUGGCCAACGGCUACUCCGAACACUUUGUUCACUUUGUCAAAGACGUCAGGGAGAAGUUCCCCUCUCACACUAUAAUGGCAGGAAACGUGGUGACGGGAGAGAUGGUGGAGGAGCUGAUCCUGGCUGGCGCUGACAUCAUCAAAGUAGGAAUUGGACCAGGCUCUGUGUGUACCACCCGUAAGAAGACGGGGGUGGGGUACCCGCAGCUCAGCGCUGUGAUCGAGUGCGCGGACGCAGCCCACGGUUUGGGCGGCCACAUCAUCUCUGAUGGGGGAUGUACUUGUCCCGGAGACGUCUCAAAGGCUUUUGGCGCUGGAGCGGACUUUGUGAUGCUGGGCGGUAUGCUCGCCGGCCACUCAGAAAGCGGGGGAGAGGUUAUUGAGAAAAACGGCAAGAAAUACAAGCUGUUCUAUGGAAUGAGCUCCGACACUGCGAUGAAGAAGCAUUCAGGGGGCGUGGCUGAGUACAGAGCGUCAGAGGGGAAGACAGUCGAAGUUCCUUACAAAGGUCCAGUAGAGGUGACAAUACGAGACGUCCUGGGCGGGGUCCGCUCCACCUGCACCUACGUCGGGGCAGGAAAACUGAAGGAGCUGAGCCGCAGGACCACCUUCAUCAGGGUCACCCAACAGCUCAACACCGUCUUCGGCAACGACAGCUGAGCGUGCAGCUGGAUCCCGCUUCAGAUCGAAGGAUAAGUCCGCAACACUGCCUGUCUGACACACAGAUGCUGUUUGUGCGUUGACAUAAUACUCAAAUACUGUCAUUUUAUCACCCCAAUUAGUUGUUUUCUUUGCAUAAGCUACGGUUCAAUGCAAUUUUAGUAUAUUGGGUUUUCUGAAUGUUACUUAUUUUCAUAAAAUCUCCGAAGUGUUUCAGGGGCCCGAGUGUUUAUAGACGGUAAGAUGAAAGCCUGAGCAGUCAGCUCUCUGCGUGUCUGCUGUCUUGUUAUUCCAAUUCAAGGUCUUUAGUUGUUCUUUUUAUGCAAAUCUGUUGUAGAUAUAAACAAAAUCUACAACGCGCCUGCUCGUGCCGAGAUCAUACUGCAAGCCUUCCUCACACAUGCACACUUAAAGCACACGUCUUAAAUGAUUUAGAAAGUCCUUAAUAUGAAUGCAGCGAACUGAAGUGUUUUUAGAAAUUCAAUCAUUCCAUCUCUCCAAGUUUUGCACUUUAAUUAUCUGUAAUUUGAGAUUUAAAGGGAAACCUAACUAUUUCUCAACCUGGACCCUAUUUUUUUUUUUUUUUUUUGUAUCUAAGUGUCAACAAUUUUUGAAGUUUUGAGAGAGAGAACUGCAGUUGCACAACAAAACAAGCUGCAAUUUAAUUCAUUUGGACAAAUUUAUGUCAUUUCAAAGUGCUUGUUUUUGCCACUUUCAGGUUCAUAUUGUUAUUAAUAGUUUCUGACAACCCAUGACAAAGAUCUUUACAGAAACAAAAAAGUGGUCAUGGCUGGAUAUAUAGCUGAUUUCAACUAUGUGGAAAAGUGGGUUGAACUUAUGUUGUGAUGUCGAGUGUAGGGAUACAGCCAAAACCAACAUCAGUAUUUUGUUGGUUUUAAGUCAACCAAAUUUCAUUGUCCUGCAGUUGUCUCAUGCCAGCUAUGUCAAGUUGACAUAGAAUAACAACAUUUAGACAAUAGCUAUAGAGAACGAAAGAUCUGCAAAAUAAAAAGUAACGCCCACACAAGUUCCGACAUUGUUAUAAAUUUCAAAUAUAGUCAACCCUAUUUUCAUUCCAACCAAGAUUUUACAUCUCCCUUUCAGUUUUUAUUUAUGAAGCCCAGUAUCACAAAUCACAAUUUGCCUCAGAGAGCUCGACAGCAUGUGACGUCCCUCUGUCCUCCCUCAGUGCAGACAAGGAAAAACUUCCCCCCAAAAAACCCUUUAACAGGGAAAAAUGGUAGAAACCUCAAGUAGAAUGACUGACAUCUCUCCGAUGUAAGAGCUCAUCUCUCUCCAUCAUAUCUGUUGCCAGCUCGGUUGCUUAGACACCAUAACGAACAGACUGGAUUAGCGAAAGGUUUUUAAAAAUUCACUCAUUUCAAAAAUUGUAGUUCCCUUUAGGCACGCGGACACAAAAACAUGGGAAAAUAGGGUCCAGGUUGAAAAAAUACAAAAGUAUCCUAUAAAGAGUCUAACAUUUAGUUUCCUUAAUUGUUCAUUAGAUAUGUUUUGAAACCUCAGAGUCAUACACAAGUUGAAGCUGUUUUUUCUUUUUAAAUAGUAGGUGAAUUAGAUUUUUGGAGAAUUUAUAUAUGGACCAGGACAUGGUAAAUGAUUACAUUACUAGAGCACAUGCAGUACAUAGCAAUAAAGUGCUGUUUUAUGUAAUUUAAAGAUAUAUGCAGCUUUUCUGGAGUUUGGCUCUGGCUGCUCCUGAUAAGUACCAAAACUUGUGUUUGUCUUAUGUAAGUGAUGUGCACAAUGAAGUAAUGUAUGAUUUAUUACAGCCUUUAUAUGAGGGGUUUUAAAUGAUGAGUAUUGGUUAAGGUUUCAUUUUACACAUUAUCUGUAGUUUGUCCAUCUCAAGCGGUUUUUUAACAGAUCUGUGUUGUUUUAUUUUCUUACUGUCACUGAUAUACAAAUGGCAAAAUUUAAAAUAUAAUGCAGUUUCUAAAUUCACUUGUUUUAAUCAGUCAAUAAAAACAUUCCAUAUUGUAAA